CCCGAUCGACGUUAACCUCACAAAAAUUCCUCCACAUUCAACCCCUCCAUCAACAACAAUGUCCGCUCCACCCCUCCUCGACUUCGCCCUCCCAGGCCAACCCCUCGGCCCAACCUCGAAAUACACACCCGGGCCAGGCACUCACAUCUACGAAUCCGUCAUCCAUGCCUCCAUUUCUGGCCCAGUCGUCUCUACUCAUGCUGCGCCCACUUCCACGACCUCCGCCAAAUCCUCCAAACCGCUACCAACCCUCUCCAUAACCCGCAAUCCCCCGCCUAACCCCUCCUCCUUCCUCCGCGGGGGCGCCUCUGUGUUACCAGAAGUCGACAGCGUCGUCCUCUGCCGCAUCACCCGUCUUGGCGCGCGCUUCGCCUCCGCUGAGAUCCUCGUAGUUGGAGAGCUGGUCUGCCGAGAGCCAUUUUCCGGUAUGAUUCGGCGGGAGGAUGUGCGGGCGACGGAGAAAGAUAGGGUCGUGAUACGGGAGAUGUUUAGGGUGGGGGAUGUGGUGCGUGGGGUGGUUUUAAGUUUGGGGGAUCAGAGUAAUUACUAUAUCAGCACGGCGAAGAAUGAGUAUGGGGUUGUGAUGGCGUGGGCGCAUGUGGAGGCGGGAGAGGGGGCGGGGGGUGCGGCGAAGAGGGCGAUGUAUCCGGUUAGUUGGAAGGAGGUGAGGGAUCCGGUUACGGGGGUGGUGGAGGGGAGGAAAGUUGCGAAACCUUUUUGAGGAACUGUGUACACAUGAAUUUUUCGGGAUAGAGUUUGGAAUGUAAAAAAGGGGAAUUGAGGUAA